AUGUUUAAUGUGUUAUGUACUGAUGAACGUCAUGCAAAUUGUUUUAAUUUAAAACAAUUUAAAUCAUAUUUAUGUCGUCGUAAUGAUUAUUGUAUGAAUAAUGAAGAAUGUUUUCAAGAUAAACCAAUAUGUCCAUCAACUCUUAUUUGUGUUUGUUCAAAUUGUUAUUAUGGAGAUCGAUGCCAAUUUUAUGAUGAACGAUUUAGUUUAUCAUUAGAUGCUAUUCUAAAUUUUGAAAUUAAGCGAUAUGUUUCAUUUAUUGAUCAACCAUUAAUGGUUACAAUCUGUGCAAUAUUAACAAUGAUCAUGUUUAUACUUAGAUUUUUGAAUGGAUCUCUUUCAAUUAUAACUUUUUAUGAUAAGAAAUUACGAGAAGUUGGAUGUGGAAUUUAUGUACUAGGUUCAUCAAUUAUUUCGUUAUUGAAAAUCAGUGUAUUUGCAUUGAAUUUUUGGUUACUUUUUAUAGUACAAUCAAAUUUAGUUACUGAUCAUUCGUUUUUACUUGCUCGAUGUGUUACUAUUGAACCUUUAUUGAAAAUACUUUUUUCAAUGAAUAAUUGGUUAAAUGCAUGUCAAGUACGUUAUUCACCAAUUAUGCAAAUAUUCAAUUCAAUUAUAUUAAUAAUUCAUUUUAUUAUUCCAUUCUCAAUCAAUCUAGUUUCAUCAAUAUUUAUAAUAAAAAGUUCAUAA